AUGGUGCUGCGCAGCAGCAGAGCCUGGCACCGCUUAGUGAGGGCCACCCGCGAGUCGACUCCCACCCUGGUCUUGUUUGUGGGGGCGUGCCUCUCGGUCCCCUACUUCCUUGCCAAAGCGGUACAGAACUCGACCAACAACCCCGUCCAAGAUGGCGAGCUGGAGAAGAAACUGCGUGCUGGAGCCGGGCUGGACAGCCAGAUGCUGGCCCGAGCCCAGAAGCAGCGGCUGCAGGUCCUCUUCGAUGAACUUCAGUCUCCAGGACAGGGCGAGGACCGAUACAAGGCUGCACUGGAGUGA